CCCAGCCCUGCCCAGCCCCCAGAGGCAGCCUGUGGAGAAGACCCUGCGCUUCCCUCCAGGGAGCCUUCAGUGGUUCCUCCAGCACUGGGACUGCUCCUGGCGGCAGCCCCUCCCCUGUGCCAACAUGCCCUCCUCCACCGUCCAAAUGCCCAGCCCCCGGAGGGGCUCUGGAAAGGUUCCCAGGGACUCCCGAGCAGUGCGUGGAGGCCAGGGACCCCCAAGAUGCUUGGCCUCUAGCACGGAAACCUGCUUGGCUCCUAACCCCUGCCCUAGCCCCCGAGAGAGCGCAUUCAGCCAGGGACUCCAGGCAAGCCCGUACAAUGAGAGAAGUCAACUUUCCCUUAGGAACCUUCAGCCUGAGGUUGCAGAGAAGACAUCAGACUUUGCCAAGGAGGCUGUGGCGUCACGGAAAACGAAGAUGAUUUCAUCCCUCCUCAUCUCCCAGCUGAUCGAUGAGCGGAGACUGCGGAGGAGCGCCUCAGCCCUGCCCGGGCAGUGCAUGAUGCUUCAGCCCGAGGCUCAUCCCAUGAACCUGUCUCUGGCGCGCCACAGUCCGGCGGACAUCGACCAAGCCUUUCUCUUGCUUCCUGGUAGAAUGGGAAUCAAAACGUCCUGCAGGGAGGCUGGAGCUGGCCCUGAGCUGCCCCUCCAAGAGGGAAAGCCGGACCCUAACCCGAGAAAAGGGUUCUCCUCCAUCACCAUCACCGCCAGACGGGUGGUCCCUCCGGCCAGCACCCUGAUGUGGGGUACCGCUGUUGAGCCCCUGUGUUCCCAGUGUGGGGCUAAAGAGAAGACCGAUUCGUCUGGCGACCGGGAGCCGCCACCUCGCCACAGACUCUUCAGUGGUCAUGGGAGCCUCGCCAAUGGGCUGGCGACCUCGUUGAAGACUUCCGAACCACACGGGCAGGUGUGUGAAGGGCAUCCGUGCUGGAUCUUGAACCCCGAAAAUAAAGAGAACGAGCUGAUCCCUCCAGCCAUCCCAAGUCACGGGGAGAAAGUUCCCCUUCUGUUUAGCUCCUGUGUGCACCUACGGGUGUCUCAGCCGUGCUCCAACACUGUCCAUUACUUGGACAAAUCUCUCUCUAUACCCCUAGACCAAGCUCCCCUGGCCGGCUCCAAAGUGCACAAAUCAGUUCUGUCCCUCAACCUGAGCUGUAGUUCUCAUGGACUGACAGCAGAUGGAGCAGACCGCAUGGCUAAUGCAGAAGAGGAAGCGAUGGGAGGCGAGCCACUGAGCCAGAAGCAUGCAGAGCAGCACGAGAAGAGGUCCCCGACGAGCUGGGCCCCGGACUUCAAAGAGAGCUGUCUGAAGGAGAGCCCGCCUUGGAGCGGGAUGUCUCUGGGGAAUUACCCGUGUCCUUGGAGCAGCGCACCCCCCCUGGGGAGCACAGAAGACCCUGGGGAAGGAGUGGACCCCUUAGCGAUGGGCAAGACGAAAGGAGACAGCAUGGUGGCGUACCACGCCAGGAGUCACCCUGAUAAGCUGUCCAUCCAUAUCCCAGGCUGGAGCUAUGCAGCAGAAACAAAAGCAUUUUCUGGAAAUAUCAAGAUGCAACAAGGAGAACAGUGCAUGGCUUUGUCAGCAACCCUAGUGGGUCCCUCACCCAGAAACGAUUUUGUUCCUGAUGUUUCUGGCUCUCCAAAAGAUGAUUAUCAGUCUAGCAAGCCUUUGGAAUCACAAGAAAUUCAGCCACAGCAGUUUCUGAAACCCAAAGCCCCCUUACCUGACUAUCUCUGUCCCUUAAAAGCUCUCUGUCCCUCUUCACAGGAAGACAUUGGGGUGCCAGUAGAAAGCCCUUUCCCCCCAGGGGAUUACCGGUGCUGUGACCUGGUCGUGAAGCUCAAGAAGUACGAGCGCCCCGUCAAAGAAGAGGAGAUGAUUCCAGAAUCGCCGCCAGCCCCUGCAGAGCCCAUGAGCAGCCCGGAGAAGCCAGACGCAGCCCAGGAGCAGGACGUGUGUCCAGAAGCAGAGCUCAACGUCUUUCCUGUCCACUCCCUGACCCUGAGGGAAGCCCUCGAGGUCUACAAACCGCAGUUUAUCUCUCGUUCGCAAGAACGCCUGAGGAAACUGGAAAGCAUGGCCCAGCAGAGGAAAGCCCAAGGGUGCGAGACCCCCAGGAAGAAGCCCAGCCCCCUCCCUCUCCGGCCAACGAAGAAGAAGCAAUACACCAUCCCGCAUCCUCUCAGUGGAAAGGAAACUAAAGUCCAAAAUGAAGAAAAACCUAGUCCAGGGACACACAACAACUUGUUCAAGCCCAAGGAGAGAUGCAUUUCAGAGAAGGAGAUGCAUAUGAGAUCUAAGAGAAUCUAUAACAACUUGCCUGAAGUGAAAAAGAAGAAGGAAGAACAAAAGAAAAGAGUGAUUCUACAGAGUAACAGACUACGCGUAGAAGUCUUUAAAAAGCAACUACUGGAUCAGAUCCUUCAGAGGAGCAAAGAACGAUCUGCAAUCCCCUUCAGCUGCAACUCUGGGGAUCUGGAAUGACCUAAAAUAUUACAUAGCCAAUUAAAGUUAGCCUUAACUUCAUCAUCCAAAAACCUUGAUUUAACCUUGGGAUUUUUCACCGUGGAAGAAAUCUCCCCUGAUUUUGACAGUAAGCAACAGCACCUACUUGUACCCAGAGGAAUGAUCAACGCAGAGAAAUAUCCCCGUGCCCACGAGGUGCAGCCAGCUGUUUUCCCCUUGAUAUGUCACUGUUUGCUCCUGCAUGUCCUUCCAUUCUGACCUGGGAAGAUUCCAUGAUUUUUCUGGUGCAUAAAGAACCAGGGGGGUCUUGA